CUGCCCAAUCUUUGAUAUGCUGCAUACCCCAUUCUGUAGUCUACACCGCGCUCCUUUACAGCCGAGUCGCUGAGCCAUAUCCCACUCUUGUUUAGGAGCUACCAAGUACAAAAUCUGGAGUCGUUAUAUCAAUCCAAAUCCUAUAUUGAGGUCCUGUUUUCUAGCUCGCGACGGCGAUCAUGGCGACGUUAAGGAGAUCCCUCCUCCGUCUACGCCAAACCCUAAUGCUAAGUGAUACGAGAUCUCCAGUAUCCCUCAGAUCGCAUGUUGGAUCCAUUUCUCGGUUUUAUUCGGGUCAUGGAUCGGUUGACGUUGACCUCUCCGACGAAGAGAGCAAGCGCCGGCUUCAUAACAGGUUGUUGUACAGGAGCAGGCAAAGGGGGUUCCUUGAAUUGGAUUUGGUUCUGGGGGCAUGGGUAGAGGAGAACAUUCGUGCCAUGGAUCAGCUCCAUAUCAGAGCCCUCAUGGAUGUUCUCGACCUGGAAAACCCAGAUUUGUGGAAGUGGCUAACAGGCCAAGAGCAACCACCAGAAGCAGUCAAGAUUAAUCCUGUAUUUUGUGCCAUUCAAUCCAAGGUCAUGUCAAAUCUCAACAGCCAUGCUGCUCCAGAGACCCGAGCAAAUCCUGGUCAGCCAUGGGUAAGAGGAUGGGAUGAUAAGAAGGGAGUGGAAGGUGGUCCAACAUACGGGAACCAGUGAUGCUAGAAUCUUUUUGCCACUGCAAAUAGAUAAUGAGAACUCUCAUAGAUGUUCCAAGUAGUAUGUAAGAUAAUGUCGCAAACACCAGGUCUAUGUUAUUAGUGAUGAAGAAUCAGCAUGUCAUGUAAUAAUCUAAAUUUCUUUCGAUAAAACAGAUAAAUUCCUUGUUUCAAGGAAUACCUGCACUAGUUCUCCAUGUCGGGUUAAUUUGUUUGGAGUUUACUGAAUGUUUAUUCAUGAUCAAUGUUUUCCU